UCUCAACCCCACUUUCUUUCUCUUUUUUUCAAGUGAUAAUUUAACCACAUCUCCCAACCCUAAAAACUUCUCCUUUUUCCUUUCCUUUUAUAAAAACCUUACCAUUCCCAACUUCUUAAUCCCAAUUUCCCCCUCCCCCUUUUUUCUCUCUAACUCCAUGGAUAACCAUCGCUCCCCUGUUUUCACUUGGGCCUAUUUCUUGCAAGCCAAUAACAUUGAUGAGUUACGCCAUUCACUUUUAUGCACAACUCUAGAGCUUGAACAAACUAGAAUUGCUGUUCAAGAAGAGCUUAAGAGAAGAGAUGAUCAAGUUUUUCAUCUCAAGAAUCUCUUGAAUCAAGCCAUUAAAGAGAGAGAUGAAGCUAAUAAAAAAUGUGAGAAUCUUCUUCUUCACAAACUCUUCUUCAAUCAACAUUCUGCUCCAAUUUCCACCAUUGAUGACGACCCCACCAAAGCAUUUGACUCACAAAAUGCUUUCUCUUCCUCCGAUUGCGACGAGAGCAUCGUAUCUGUCUCAUCUCCAGUCCCCCCACCGCCGGAUAUCUCCGAUUGGAUCUCUGAUAAGCCAUUGCCGGAAAAGGGUAAGCUCUUACAAGCUGUCAUGAAAGCCGGUCCGCUUCUUCAAACUCUGCUUCUCGCUGGACCGCUUCCUCAGUGGAGACAUCCUCCGCCGCCGCUUGAAUCUUUCCACUUGCCGCCGGUUGCAAUUCCACAUCCUCCGCCACCGCCGCCGCUGGUACCUGUUCAUUCUGAGGCUACUCAUUGUGGGAUUGUUAACAAGAAGAGGGCUCUGUCUUUGUGUGAGGAAUCGGAUACGUUACCGGCGACCAAAUUCCAAAGGCUUGUUUUUCACUGACUUUCAACCAAAACAACUUAGAUUAAUCUUACAUAAUUAUAUAUUAAAUUAGAAUCAGUCUCAAAAAAAGAAGAAAACACAAAAUGGGUCAUUUUUUGUGACUUUAUUUUGUAUAGUUGUUUGUUCUAUAUAUAUUACCCCCCAAAACAAAACCCCUAGUUUAGUUAGCUUGGAGUAACUCAAAAAAUGGGUUCUCUCUUUCUUUCUUUUUCUUGGCCUCUCCAUAGAAAUUGUGUGAUAUGUGACGACAUUGAUAUAGGAUGUAGCGUAGCUGAUCUGAGAAUAGUUGAAUUGAUUUAAGUAUUAGUAAAUGUGGAAUGUACGGAUUUGUAAUAGUAGUUUUUUUUUAUAAAAAAAAUAGUGAAGUUAGAGUGAUAGUUUGAUUAGGGUUUGGGGGUAUUAAGAGAGAUUGAGGAGUCUUAAGAUGUGUGGGGGAGAGUAGUUGGGGAGGAAAAGCAUAUGGUCCUACAUAUCAAGAAGGAUCUUUGUUGUUUGUGUGAUUUUGUAUGGAUUUGUAUACCAAAAAGAUUUAGACCAAGUUUAAUUUUAUUGUAUUAAUUCAACUCUCUUUUCUUA